AUGGUGGAAGAUACAUCCUCUGAUGAUUUAAAUGAAAGUAUUCCAUCCUUGAAUGACUCCACUGAUGAGGAAGAAUUGCCGAAUAUGAACGGAACUGUACCUAGCAGUCUUGGCCGAUUUAAGCCAAUUUUUACAGAAGAAAUGGAAAAAGAAUUGGCAGAUCAUUGUCGAGACUUGGAUGGCAGAUUUUAUGGAAUAGGAACCAAGAAUCUUCGAACGAUUGCUUAUCAAUUUGCCGAGCUAAACGGACUUGGUCAUUGUUUUAACAAAGAGAUGGCAGGUUUCGUCAAAUCUUCCGAGGAGGAUCCGGUUUUAUUGAUCCUUGACAAUCACGUGUCGCAUCGAUCUUUGGAAGCAGUACUGUACUGUCGAGAACACCACAUUAUCUUACUUUCCUUGCCCCCACAUGCAAGCCAUCGCCUUCAACCGCUCGAUCGGAGCUUCUUUGCUCCGCUAAAAACCGCAUACUCUACUGAAGCUGACAAGUGGAUAAUCAGCAACCCUGGUAAAGUUAUAAGCCUUAGACAUGUAUCCGAGCUUUUUGGGGCAGCUUAUUCAAGAGUAGCGACAAUUUCUAUAGCUGCAAACGGAUUUAAAAGCACAGGAAUUUUUCCAUUUGCAGAUGAUAUUUUUACUGAUGACGAUUUUAGGCCUUCAGAAGUUACAGACAGGGUUUUGAUAACAUCACAGGAAGAGAGGUCUAGUUCAUCAGACGAUAGUGAUAGGCCUCUACAGUUAGUUCGAGAAAAGUUAUCCAAAAACAAAAAUCCUGACAAGCAAAUAAAAGUGCCGCAAACUCCAAACAGAGAUAACAAAUUGAAUAGUUGGGAAUCGUGCGAAAGGCACAUCAGUGAAAGUGAAAAAGAACCAGUAGCUUCAACAAGCACUUGUGUCAAUGUGUCAACAACUCCUACUGUAAGAUUUUUCAAAGACAAACCAAGCCUAACAAGUAGUUCAACUAUUGUUUCCCCAUCGCAAAUUUACCCGUUACCUAAAGCCCCUCCUGAAACUCAGCAACGAAGAAAGCGCUCUCAGAAAUCUGAACUUAUGACGGAAUCUCCAUUUAAAAAUGAAUUAUUGUCGAAGGAUCAAAGUUCAAAAGUGACACAUAGCGUAAAAAGAAGAGUCAUAGAAGAUGAAUCAACCAAAAAUGUAAAAGAAAAAAUUAUAAACAAAAAGAAAAAGAAAAACAGCAAUGAAAUUGGAGUAUUUAAUUGGAGCAAGAAAGUACAAAACAUACCAGUAGGAAGUCAAAAAUAG